GUAUGCUGUUGAUGGUGGAACUUUACGCAAUCGCAUAAUAUCUUCUUACCCAUUUCCCAUUAUCCCCCCACACCCCACCCCACCCCACCACCCUACUCUCCAACCCCAUUAUCUUCAUCAUCAUCAUCAAGAUUCCUCUUUCCACUUUCUCCAUAAUCAUCUCUUCAAUUUUUUUACAAUAUAUAUCUUGUUUAAUCUCAUUGUUAUCUUUUCUUCUGUGCUGUUUAUUCGAAACCCCAUUUCGUUUUUUCUUCACUUUUCUACUGUUUCACGUCAUAAUUUGAGAAAAGGGGCGAAAGGGUGUUGAAAUUUUGUUUAUUUUCAUGAAUGGUUUGAUUCAAAGUUUGGGAGUUUUCGAUUUUUGAUUUGGGUUUUUUUGGUUUUAGGUGAAAAGUUUGAUUUUUUUUGGUUAAAAAUGGGUAAUAUGGGAAGUAGUGGUGUGAACGGCCGGCGACGGAGUAGUAGCCGGAGGAGCCACCCACCGCCGUCUCCACAACCACAACCACCGCAGCCGGAGAUAAACGCGAACAGGUAUGUGUUUGCGGCGGCGACGCCUUAUCCUACUCAAUACCCAAACCCUAAUGCUCCGCCGUAUUAUCAAUACCCGGGUUACUAUCCUCCACCGCCGGCGGCGAUGCCGGUGCCGUUACCAGCUUCGUAUGAUCAUCACCAUAGGAUGGACCCUGGUCAUGCUAAUUGGGUUAACGGGCGGUACCCGUGUGGACCGAUGAUGCCUCCACCAGCUCCAUAUGUGGAGCAUCAAAAAGCUGUAACAAUAAGGAAUGAUGUUAACUUGAAGAAGGAGACUCUAAGGAUUGAGCCUGAUGAAGCUAAUCCUGGCAAGUAUCUUGUGGCCUUCACUUUUGAUGCCACAGUUCCUGGGAGCAUGACUGUCAUUUUCUUUGCAAAAGAAGGUGAAGAUUGUUGUUUGACUCCCAUGAAGGAAAGCUUGCUUCCACCAGUAACUUUUGAGUUUCAAAAAGGUUUAGCUCAGAAAUUUAGGCAACCGUCUGGUACUGGCAUUGAUUUUUCAAUGUUUGAAGAGGCAGAAUUGUCCAAAGAUAGUGAGGCAGAUGUGUAUCCACUUGCAGUCAAGGCGGAGGCAACAUUAGAUAACCCAAGUGAAUCAGAGGAUGGAAGUGCAGCAUCAGGAUCCACUAAUUCACAGAUCACUCAAGCAGUUUUUGAGAAGGACAAAGGUGAGUACCAUGUUAGGGCGGUGAAGCAGAUCCUGUGGGUCAAUGACAUGAGGUAUGAAUUGCAAGAGAUUUUUGGGAUUGGUAAUUCAGUUGAAAGUGACUUCGAUGGAAAUGAUCCCGGAAAAGAAUGUGUGAUUUGCCUCUCUGAACCUCGGGAUACCACUGUACUUCCAUGUCGGCACAUGUGUAUGUGUAGCGGAUGUGCAAAGGUUUUGAGGUUCCAGACGAAUCGCUGUCCCAUCUGUCGACAGCCAGUUGAACGCCUCCUGGAGAUCAAGGUCAGCGAAGGCGCAGCUGAAGAGUAAAAAUAGGAAGAGUUGCCAUAAUCCACUCUUGUAUAAAUAUCAGUAUUUCUCUUUCUUGACCUUUUGGUUUUCCUUCUCUAUCCAUCCCCCCUAGAGUAGAAUAAUCCAACAGCUGAAAGUCUCUUAGUUAUAGUUUGCCAGUCCUACAAAUGGAUCAUCGAGACAUGCUGUUGAGCUAAGCCCCCUUUUUUACUUUUUUUUUUCCUUUUAAAGAGUGUUUUUGAAUUCCAUGCAUUUUUUUAAAGAAGUUGUUAUAACUAUACCUAGUAAAUAUUCUGUUUGCUUUGAUAACACUUUUUUUGA